GGCGGGGCCGGGGCCGGCUCCCUGGGGUGCCGCCCACGUGACGCGGCGGCGCUCGGAGGGUGCGCGGCGGCGGGCGGGAGCGGUUCGGGUAGAGGGGAAGCGCCGACGGGCGGGAGUUGCCGUUCCUCGCUGUGCCGCCGCCAUGGGCCGGAGAACCGCGCUGCCGCUGGCCGUCCUUUGCCUCGCUUCAGCGCUCUGCGGGCUGGCGGUUGAGAGCAGUUGGAUGCAAGCGCGUAGCGACGAUACCGCCGCGGCGGCCGUGGACAUCUGUGGAAACAUUUCUACGUGUAGUUCGUGUAUUGGUAAUGAGACACAUGAAACAGGCUGCGAGUGGAUCAGAUGUAAUGAUUCGCAAAUGUGUGUAAAUGGAACAGAAACAACUUCUGAAGCGUAUAAGAACUGUACAAUUGAAAAACAAUGUUCAACUCCUACAUCUGUUCCUUUUUCUAAUACUACUACGCUGCCUUCCAAUACUACAGCAUCACCUUCCAAUGCUACUACGCCAUCUUCCAAUACCACAUCUGGUUCUGUUACCACAGCUCAUCUUACCACAGCUCCAAACAUCACCAAUACCACUACGCUUGCUCCUGUAUCUACAACUCCCAUUACUUCAGCUGCCAAAACAACCAGUGUUCCAGGUACAAAUGCUACUGUGACUCCUGCACCUUCUUCGCGCAAGUCUACGUUUGAUGCUGCCAGUUUCAUAGGUGGAAUUGUCCUUGUUCUGGGUCUGCAGGCUGUUAUUUUCUUUCUGUACAAAUUCUGCAGGUCGAAAGACCGAAACUACCACACACUUUAGGACCUGUCACUUUAUAAUGGACUAGUAGCUCAAUACCUGUAGUUCACUGAACCAAAAUAUUUUUCUGUUGCUCAUGGAAGACAGCAGUUCAUAAUACCCUUUAAAUCUCUAAAAGAAGACUUGGAAAGAAUAUUUUUGCAACAUUAUACUUGGCAAGAGGUAAUGUGAAUCUCUCCAGCAGGUUUACUUGCAAUAUUCUGCAUGGGUUCUAAUGGCUGUCUUUUCUUUAGUGGCUGCUGCUGUGGGACUUUUUUUGAUAUGCCAAAUGUAGAUAUUUGGAGAUUCAUAUUCAGUGGCAACACUGUCUUGAGUAGAUAAUCUCAUGACUUAUUGUAAAGGCUAAUUUAAUCAACAUUUGAUAAAAGUAUCCCUUCAGUUUUAUCAAGAAGUGAAUUAUUGGUGACUGACUUCAGGGAGUGAAAUACCAUUUGUACUAGCUUGUAACUCGCACAGUGUGCUGCUAGAAAGGUGAGCAAAAUUGUAGAAGUAGAUAAUGUCUUAGUGGAAUCAAAAAACCCAUACAGAUACUUUUUUUUUUUUUU